AUGCGUGAUGGAGAGAGCUACAAAUUACAAUUAGGGAGAGGUUAUUUGCGAGCCGGGCCAAACGACGCAACGGGCGACCUUGGUGGGAGCGUGCCGUGGGGUGCCGACUCUAAAGAAUGUCAGCAGCAAGGAGAAAACCGAGGGAAAUUGCUGAGCAGUCUUGCCAAACAAGCAAGUCCACGACCAAGUGAGGAGCCACAACCUGAUGGAAAAAAUUACCGCCAACGUUGCAACCGGGAGUCGGCGCAUCACGACCUCUCACGCUUGAACCAGAUGCAGGCGUUCUCGAGUCUUCCGAACCCGUCAGCAGACUCAGGAAAACUUGCGCCGCUGGACAUGGAACAAAGAAAUCCCCGCUCACAUCGCGCAUCGAGGUCGAGACAGCGAUCGAGCAGCCCCAAAGAGCACCAAAACGCGUCCUCGGAGGACGAAUCUCCCCUCCCCGGUUUGUCACUCUCUCCGAGAAGUGGCGCGCACUCCGCCCGUCGGGUCCGAAGCCUUCCCCCGACUCCCAAGAGAGCGUCGUGCACCAACCUUGACCCUGUUAGCGAUAGCGUCGAGUUCGCUUGGCCUCAGGGUCGCGGCGGCCCGGCCGGCAACGGCAGCAAGUUUUCUCCCCUCCUCGAUGCGAAGGAGGGCUCCACGUCACCGCGGUAUAGAGAUCCUGCCCUAUGCGCAGCGGAUAGCAACAAGCGCAGCGGGGAGCUUGCAGCUGAAUGUGGCGGUGGCGGGUUAGAACGUGAGCCGCAACGCCUUUCGAGGGCGGCGGAAGCGAAAAGCGAGGUCGGGUGCACUCGUCUUCCGGGGACAAAUCCCGCCGGGGGUGAACGCAACGACAACCAUCGCUACGAGGGCCACGGCGAGCGAAAGGACUUCGGGAGCGUUCCCAACAGCCCGUCCACGGUCCGAGGUGCGAAAAGAUACUCCUUUAAUCUGUGA